GUGGGAGCGGACGCCGAUCCAAUUCGAAACCCUCCUCCCUCUUCUUCGAGCUCCCAGUCGCUUCGAGAAGCAGAUCGCAGCCAUGGAGGUUUCCAAAGAUCACAUCGCCACUCUUCUUGACAACGGCCUCUUCGGCUCCGCCCAGAUGCUGGGUUGCUUCCUUGUAACUUCCCCUGUGACAAAUAGCGAGGCUAGUCCAUAUCUGAAAGCUGAGAACUUGGUUCUUCAAGGUGAUGCUUUAUAUGGGGAGAAAGAAUUUCGUAGGGCCUUGAAUAUGUACAAGCAAGCACUUCAACAUUGCAAAUUUAUUUCCAAACAAUCGAUGAACAAUUCAAGAAGUUCAUUUUCUACAUCAAGUAGUAGGUCAUCAUCACCGAGUUCUAUGAAUGGUUCUCCGAUCAAUGAAAAUGAGGUGAAGUUUAAAAUUACACUUUGUCAUUGUGCACUUAAUGAAAACCGUGCUGCCCUUGUAGAGAUAGAAGGAAUUCCUCCAAAAGCAAGAACACUUCGAAUGAAUCUCGCAUUGGGGAAGCUUUAUCGCAUUUCUAGGCACAACCGCUCUGCCAUUGCAUGCUACAAAGAUUGCUUAAGGAACUGUCCAUAUGUUUUGGAGGCAGUUACAGCUUUGGCUGAGUUAGGAGUUUCUUCCAAGGAAAUCUUGUCUUUAUUUCCUCAGACAUCAAAUAGAGGAAGAUUACCCUUUGAUCACCUAGAUCCUGCUCGGUGGUUGCAUCGUUAUGUUGAAGCUCAGUGUUGCAUUGCUUCGAGUGACUACAAAGGCGGUCUUGACCAUCUCGCUGAACUAUUACAGCAAUUUCCUAACAAUGUUCACAUUUUAUUGGAAAUUGCAAAGGUUGAAGCUAUUAUUGGAAGACAUGAUGAAGCAAUAAUGAAUUUCGAAAAGAUUCGAGCAAUUGAUCCCUACAUUGUGACUUAUAUGGAUGAAUAUGCCAUGCUUCUAAAGCAAAAGUCUGAUAUAUCCAAGCUAAACAAGUUAGUACAGGAUCUGCUAAACCUUGACCAUACAAGAGCAGAAGUUUAUGUUGCUUUGUCAGCAUUAUGGGAAAGAAAGGAUGACCGAAAAGCUUUAUCUUAUGCUGAGAGGAGUCUUAGGAUCGAUGAUAGGCAUAUCUCUGGCCACAUUAUGAAGGGUAACCUGUAUCUGUCAUUGAACCGGCCAGAUGCUGCAGUCACUGCUUUCAGAGCAGCUCAAGAAUUAAGAUCUGAUCUUCGUUCAUACCAAGGUCUAGUCCGUUCAUAUCUUGCUCUUGCAAAAAACAAGGAGGCACUUUUUACUGCACGGGAAGCAAUGAAAAUAAUGCCUCAGUCUGCAAAAGCUCUCAAGUUGGUUGGAGAUGUUCAUGCUAGUAGUUCUAGUGGGAGAGAGAAGGCAAGAAAGUUUUAUGAAUCUGCUCUACGGCUUGAACCUGGCUUUCUAGGAGCUGCUUUAGCAUUGGCAGAGUUGCAUGUUGUUGAUGGACGUCAUAAAGAUGCCGUCUCACUGCUUGAGAGAUAUGUUAAAGACUGGGCUGAUGACUCCCUCCAUAUCAAAUUGGCUCAAGUUUUUGCAGCUACAAAUAUGUUAUCAGAGGCUCUCACUCAUUAUCAAGCUGCUUUGAGGAUAAACCCGCAAAAUGAAGCCGCCAAGAAAGGUUUAGAGCGCUUGGAGAAGCAGAUGAAGGGAAUGGAUCCUGAUGCACCCGACGAAGAAGACGAUAACGAAGCUGAAGAUGCCGAAGGUGAUCAAGAAGAGGCCGAGAUGCUUUAAGACAACCAUUUUUAAAAGAAGAUUCUGGACUCUUUAUCGAUCACAGCCCGAGACCACACUCUCUUCGGUUAACCGGGACAGUUGAAAGAGGAACUCAAGGUUCAGAAUCUCAAAGUAAUUGAAGUUUUACUCGAGAUAAAAGAUGGCUGUCUCACAGGCUCUUAGUAAGUAGUCAUUGACUCAUUGCUACUCAAUAGACUCUGACCCUGCUGCUAAUUAGAAUCUAUAUUCAACUAUUUGCAACAAAUAAUAUAUUGAGACACUGAUACUUUUAAAUUUUUAGGGGGCAACCGACUUCCAUUUGUUUUGCAUAUAUUUUCACUGAUUAGAGAUAAAGAUAAAUAAAUUAAAGAAAAA